AUGCCCAAAAGCGCGAAAAAGAAGAAGGACAAGGCGGCUGAUUUCUCUAAAGCCAAGCUCAAAUUAGGCAAAGGGAAACAACAGCCUACAAAUGCUAUAGACACCUCUUUCAAAGCUCGAUCCAUUGCACUACCGACUCAGAGUAUCGCGGUCGAAAAGGAUGCGGGUGUGCCAACCACGAAAAGGCGGCUUACUUUCGAAGACCUCAUCUCUCACUUGAAGCAUUACAAUGCCGGUACUCGAAGAGAUGCAUUGAUGGGUCUACGGGAAUUGUUUGAAGCACAUCCUCAUCUGGUCGAACCCUCCCUCACAACUCUUGUCAAUGCUUGUGUCCGGAUAAUUGGCGACGACGAUGCUAGUGUGCGCAAGUCGUUGUUGUCCUUUCUCAGCUGGCUUCUGCCUCAGAUACCUCCCGAAAACAUGAUCCCACACUCUUCUGCCCUACUUCUCUUCACAACCUCAGCGCAAACCCAUAUUUUCCCUGAAAUCCGCAUAGAUGCAAUUCGUUUCCUCGAUCUGUUCCUGGACCUCAUACCGCAGAUCGUCGUCGGAGGGUGGAGAGGCGGGAAGGCUGGACAUGGGAAGCGGGUGCUGGGAGGAUACUUGGGUAUUUUGAAUGCCGGGACGAAGUUUGGUGAUGACGGAGACACGGGUCCUGUUCGAGCUACCUCCACUGCCAGCGUAGUUUUAUCGGCUGCAUCCAAGCUCGUCGUCCUGCGAUCUCUUGCCAAAUUCCUUCGACAUGCCAUCUCUCCGCAAGCUACCUCAGCUGAAGAGUAUUCGUCCACCUCCGCCAAGUCCACCACACCCACGUGGUAUCUGUCCUCCUCGUUCCUAAAUGAAGAUGCGUUUCGUUCCUUCGACUCGCUCCUCCAGCCCUCUUCCUCGUCACAAAAAUCCGGAGGCUCGUCCGCGCCUGAAACGAAGGUUUGGCAAUCAGAAUGCGAUCCCGAGACUGGAAACGAGGAGUUCGUCCAGUGCUUUGAGGCCGCAGAUACUGGCGCUGGUGUGGAGUCCUUCUGGACGUUGCAGGAAUUGUCGGAGGCUGUGACUUUGGAGGAUGGACGUCGGGAAUCUGAAUCGGAUUUCGAUAUUCGAUUAGCACGAACCUUACAUCCCACAUUAAUGUCUACUUUUUUGGAUUGUUCGCCUGCUGUGUUUUCACCGAGCGCCUCACCGCCGGACACCGAGCUGUCCAUGGUACAAGCUGUGACGGACAUAUAUCGCACAAUGCAUGGCUCGCUGCUGCAGAAUACCGACAUUGAUACGGCCUCUGUCCACGAUGACGUUAAGGCCAUACUGGUCCACAUGUCAGCCUACUUCCCCUUCCAUCCCAGCGCUGUCAUCAAGCGCAACAUCAAGGUCGAACAGGCCUUCCAAGACCUGAACCUAAUCUACUGCGAACUCACCGCUCUCCUGGUCCUUGCUUCCCCAUCAUCUGCAUCAUCGCAAUCCGCGUCUCGCAGAAAAGCCCGUCAAAUAUCAGCAACAUCCCAUAUGAACGCCACCCUUUCCCUCCAACUCUCUCAUGUCAGCAACUACGUCGUCCAUCUUCUCAGUGGCGAGCCUUCCAGCUCGCAGCCCAACGCUCUGUGCCGUCAUAUAUCAACGCAGGCGUACAUCGCAUUGAUGCCGACGAUAUGGUCGUUGAUCAACAAUCCGAGUAAUGGCGUGGCGGUACCUAACGGGAUUGACGAAGAUGGCGAUGACACAAGGAGUGUGCUCGCGGCAGUUCUCGCUCAUGCGAUGAAGUGCUCGAGUACAUCGGCGGUGAAGAGGCCAGCGGUGGAGUUCGUGUCACGUUUGGUCUUGCUGGAAUCGCAUCGGUAUUAUACCGGUAUAUUCAGGCUCAGUAGAUACCCCGAAGGGUUCAAGCAGGCACAGGCAUGGACAGAGGGUUUACCAAGGACACUGUGGGAGCUUGGUACGAGUAAUCCUACUCUGACUGAGUCUAUCCUACAAUUCCUCCUUAGAUUAUUUCAACGACAAUCGCCUCUUCUCACUCCUCAGCUCACCGCCUCCCUUCAAUCUCGUCUCAUCCCCUACUUCGUCAUCAUCCACCCUACGCGCGGAGAAGUCGCAGGACCUUUCGCCAAGUGGGACAACAUGGUCAUCCGAAAACUCGCACUGGACGUCGUCGCGACCAUGACCAUCGUCAAUCCCCCAAUCUCACGGGCUGCAGUCAGUGAAGAAGGAACCACACAGAAAUUGAGGGAUGCCGUGCGGAAAUGUGUGAGCAGGACUGAGCUAGAGGAGUAUCGGGUCGAGAUUUUUGAUGGCGUAAGGUGAGGUCAGGGUGGGACUAAAAGUAUGCUAUGGUUUGUGUGGCUUUUAAUGAUCAUAUAUUUCAUGUUUUC